AUGGAUCCCUCAAUGUUUGAGCACAAGCGCGUCGCCAUUUUGGCAUCAACAUCCCUUGGAUUAGUCGUACGGGUCCCUAUUGCAAUUGUGGAUGUUCUGAGUCCAGAGCGUCCACUCACCCCACUUCCGGUCUUGCUCCAGUCCUCAGCACCUCCUCCUGAUGCCUUAUAUGCAGACAAAGUUGAGCUGGUGACUCAUGGCACUCAGCACCCGCACCACUGGGACGGUCUAGUCCCAGGCAGUCCUGAGCUGAUCCCUGUCAAUUCUCAUCCGCCCAGGGCUGUGCCGGCUCAUUACAUACCACCUCAUACCGUCCCAAUCCCAGACAAUUUGCAAGUACAACCUAGAUAA